CAUCUCAGAUUCUGUGCUAUCUGCAGAGAGAAGUGAUAUUUGGCGUGAAAGAAAAAGCUUGGUAGGUAUGGCGAAGGAGCAGGUUCAGGUGCUAAAUGCACUGGACACGGCAAAAACGCAAUGGUAUCAUUUCACAGCAAUCAUCGUUUCAGGAAUGGGCUUCUUCACCGAUGCCUAUGAUCUGUUCAGUAUAUCACUUGUGACAAAGCUCCUUGGUCGCAUAUACUACCACGUUGAUGGGGCUGCAAACCCUGGAUCAUUGCCUCCGAAUGUGUCAGCUGCUGUUAACGGUGUAGCUUUUGUUGGAACACUUUCUGGGCAGCUCUUCUUCGGGUGGCUCGGUGACAAAAUGGGUCGGAAAAAGGUUUAUGGCAUGACACUCAUGCUCAUGGUAUUAGCCUCUAUUGCUUCAGGUCUUUCCUUCGGAAGUGAUGCAAAGACUGUGAUCACAACUCUUUGCUUCUUCCGCUUCUGGCUUGGUUUUGGCAUUGGUGGAGAUUACCCUCUUUCAGCCACCAUAAUGUCUGAGUAUUCGAACAAGAAGACUCGUGGUGCCUUCGUUGCUGCAGUGUUUGCCAUGCAGGGUUUUGGAAUAUUGGCAGGAGGUGUGUUUGCAAUCAUAGUAUCAUCCGUAUUCAUGGCCAAGUAUGAUGUUCCAUCGUACGAGGUUGAUCCCUUGGGUUCAACUGUUCCACAAGCAGACUAUUGUUGGAGGAUAAUUCUGAUGGUGGGAGCACUCCCUGCUGCAUUGACUUAUUAUUGGAGACUAAAGAUGCCAGAAACUGCACGCUACACCGCAUUGGUUGCCAAGAAUAUGGAGAAGGCUGCAGCAGACAUGUCUAAGGUUAUGCAGGUGGAGAUUCAAGCUGUGCCAAAGAAGGAAGAUGAACGAAAAUCAUAUGGAUUGUUCUCCAAGGAAUUCAUGAGUCGCCACGGACUUCAUCUGCUUGGAACCACAAGCACAUGGUUCUUGCUCGACAUUGCAUUCUACAGCCAAAAUCUGUUCCAAAAGGACAUCUUCAGCGCAAUUGGUUGGAUUCCUCCAGCAAAGACCAUGAAUGCGCUUGAAGAGGUUUUCAGAAUUGCAAGAGCUCAAACUCUCAUUGCUCUCUGCAGUACAGUUCCGGGAUAUUGGUUCACUGUGGCAUUCAUUGAUAUCAUAGGAAGAUUUACCAUUCAGUUGAUGGGGUUCUUCUUUAUGACUGUCUUCAUGUUUGCUCUUGCAAUUCCCUAUGACCACUGGACUCUUAAGGAGAACCGAAUUGGAUUCGUGGUCAUUUACUCUCUCACCUUUUUCUUUGCAAACUUUGGGCCUAAUGCAACCACAUUUGUUGUGCCAGCAGAGAUUUUCCCAGCUAGGUUUAGAUCCACUUGCCAUGGAAUAUCUUCAGCAUCUGGGAAGCUUGGAGCCAUAGUUGGCUCAUUCGGGUUUUUGUACUUGGCACAAAACAAGGAUCUAAGUAAAACAGAUGCAGGGUACCCUGCAGGUAUUGGUGUGAGAAACUCAUUGAUGGUGUUAGGAGUGGUUAACGUAUUAGGCUUCAUCUGUACAUUCUUGGUGCCUGAAUCGAAGGGUAGAUCUUUGGAAGAGAUUUCGGGUGAGCAAGAAGAGGAAGUUCAAGCAACCAAAGCAUAAUAACAGUAAUUGUCACUGCAGCACUAAAACGGUUGCAUGCAACAGCGGAAUAAUGCAUUAUCAUGUUUUAAAAAUAGUGUUAUCAAGAAUAUGCAUUUCUAUGAAUAUUUUGGAAUGUGUAAUUCGGGCAAUAAUGUGUUAAGAGUAUCUGUCUAUGUCUAUGUUAUUUUUG